AUGCCUGUCCUCGCUGUUGUUCUCUUAGCUCUCGCACUUAGAGCUACGUUCAACUACUACCGUGGUCCACUUUCACACCUCCCUGGGCCAUGGUACACCUACUUCAGUGGUCUUCCAUUGUUAUACACAAGAGCAAUUGGAACUAGUCGUCAGCAUCUUCGCCAUCUCCACAAGGUUCACGGUCCAGUCGUCAGAGUUGGACCGAAGGAAGUAUCCAUCAACAGCGUCGAUGGCUACUACAAAGUACACGGCGUGGGUAGCCACUGCCUGAAAGCACCCGUCUUUGACCAUAUCCGCUUCAGCCAUUCAUCUAUGCUCUUCACCAUGCGAGAUCCUCGUAUCCACUCUGAGCGCAAACGGAUCAUUGGUAGAGGCUUUUCGUCAAUAAAGGAUGAACAGGAAGUGAAAAUUCGUCGACUGGCCAGUCAGGCAGUAGCCAGCAUCAAGAACGAGGCCGAGAAAGGCCAGGCUGAUGUCUACAAAUGGUGGCGCUGCCUCGCUGUUGAUGUCGUCAGUGAGAUGUCUUUCGGCAAAUCAUUCAACUUAUUGCAUUCGGGUGGGAAAGGUCUACCGCUCUAUACGGCCUUGAGCAAUGCUGGUCCUUCUGUGGUUUGCCAAGCAGUACUCCCCCGAAGACUCAUAUCUCUGUUCAAGUGGUCUCCUGUUACCUGGCUGAGAGAAGUUGGUCAAGUCACUGAAACCAUCUUCAACCGAGUAACAGCAGCCCUUGGAGAACUACGAGUUUCGUCAAACUGUGGCCCAAGUAUCGCCCGUCACUUGUUAAGUCAAGAGGCGAAGGGUAAGAGACCCAGCUUGAACGACGAUGAGUUGAGCUCAGAGGUUGCCAUGCUCCUUGUUGCGGGCUCAGAUAGUACGGCUACUACUUUGACAUAUGCAACAUGGGAAAUCGUCCGGGAUUCAAACCUCCGGGGACAGAUCGAAGAAGAGGUCAGCAGCUUGCCGAUGAACUUCACGGCCAAGGAAGUUGAAGUUCUACCCCUCUUAAAUAGUGUCUUGGAAGAGGUUCUUAGGAUGUAUAAUCCUGCAGGAGCAUUAGUAGAGAGACUUGUGCCUCCGAGUGGGAUCUCCGUUCAUGACUGGGAUAUCCCAGGGGGCACGAUGGUCUACACGACCGGAUGGCUCAUUUCCCGACUUGAAGAUGUCUUUCCCGAGCCAGAUAGGUAUGUGACUUCUACCAUGGUUUGA